AUGGGGCCGGCGCAAGAAAGUGAACAUAUUCCCCUCAGAGAGUUCUCCCAUCGGUCUGCAUCCUCAAAUCGUUUUAAUCAACCCCACGAGGGCCAGAGUCCCGAAUUGACCGAACAAACUUCUUCUUCCACCCCCAUUAUCUCAGAGACAUCGCACCUGGAGGCGUCAAGUGUGCCUCUCGUCGAGUCCGAUUCAGAUGACCAGGAAAACGUGUAUUACAAGCGGAAGGUUGCCUCAAAAUGGAGCUUGUUCUCAAACGUGUUUCUUUGGGAGAUUUUGGCCAUGAUUCUGGCCUCGGGGCUUUUGCUCGCGAUCAUUUUGAUCUUGGCAAAAUACAACCAACAGCCUCAACCGACUUGGAGAUAUGUAUCGCUGAACUCGGUCAUCUCAUGGCUGAGCACCAUCGCUAAAGCAUGUCUCCUGUUCUGCAUAACAGAAGGAAUAGGGCAGCUGAAAUGGACUUGGUUUACGCGGUCGGAUCAACCCAUAUCUCAUUUUCGCAUCUUUGAUUCAGCUAGCCGAGGACUUUUUGGCAGUUUGGACUUGAUUUGGAGUUUACGAGCAAGGCAUUUUGCUGUUUUGGGCAGCCUAGCUGUUAUUCUCGCGCUGGCGUUUGACCCUUUUACUCAGAACUUGAUCCGCUACUAUCCAAAGCUCGGGCAUGAUAUGUUGGAGACAGCUGUUUUAUCCAAGGCCUUUACUUACAAUUCCUACGGGGCACCAACGAAUAGUUUUUACUUUGCGGAUCCACAACUCAGAGCAAACGUCUACAAUUCUCUAUUCAACAGCGACUCCUCAAGACCAUGGUCCAUUCCGCCGUUCACAUGUAGCUCGGGAAAUUGUACGUGGGAAGAUCCAAUCGCAACACUCGCAAUGACGUCCAGAUGUGAAAACAUAACGAACAAAUUGCAAUCGCACUGUGAACCAUUGCCUCCAUCAGGAACAGACGUGAACUGUUCCAUCUAUCUUUCGUCUGAAUCAGCCCAUACGCCUGAAAAUAUCACAGUGGAUUUCAUCACCGACACCAUCGUGGGAAAGCCAAUUGUUAUGGGGGCAAUCGGGACUUUGGCUUCGAACGACAGUCUCCUUCAUCCUAUCCAGAUCAUUGCCCCGGACUGGCUAAUAGCUAACAGUCUAUACUCGGGCCAUUUCUCAUUAGAUCAACAAUGGCAGGCAUUUGAAUGUUCACUAAUUCCAGUUGUCCGCAGCUUCCGUGCAAAUGUGACCAAUGGCGCCUAUCAUGAAGAGAUCCUAGGCGACUGGGAGGAAAUACCGAAUUAUGAUGAGGGAGACAGAUCACUCAAGAUUUUCCCCCAAUGGGGGCCAGAAAUGGGUAUUGAAGAUGAUCAGCUUUUCGUGCUGGAUCCCAUCGCUACCAUGGCGAUGGAUUCAUUUAUCGGGGAUUUAUUCAAUGCCAAGAUGGAGACCAGCGUAAGGGGCUACUUUUUCAACAGUGAGCAUAUUCCAUACGCCGGCUCCGAUGUGAUGCAAUCAAUCGCACUCUAUGAUUUUCCCGGUUGUGAUUUGCAAUCGGCUGAGAAGCUCCGUUGUGCUAUGGAGAAUGUCGCGGAUGCAAUAUCCAAGUCCUUCCGCGACGCCGCAUUUUCUUCCAAAGAUAAAGCGAAUUCUAGUGCCAUCGGCAAGGCUAUGACGAGCAUGACAUAUGUUGAAAUCCGCUGGCAAUGGAUCGUUCUUCCAGUUGUAGUCUGGUUAUUGGCGCUCACCACUUUGGUGGGUACGAUGUGGAAGACGAACAAGUCCAAAUCACCAACGUGGAAAAACAACCUGCUUCCACUACUCUUCCUAUAUGAAAACGCCGACCACGAAAAGGCGGAGGAUUUUGAAUCGCUGUCAGAUCAUCAGAGAGCGAGACUAUGUGACACCGAUGGCGGAAUGCGGCUCAGCAAAUAA